UGCUCCUUCCUGUCCUCCUGGCGCACCUUCCGGGACCUGCUUCGACAAACCCUGCCACGCUUGGGCACCACAGAGGGAGCCAACGGAACAUAUCGGAUGGGGACAGGGUGCCCAGGUCCCAGCGCAGCGGCCCGCAUGAUGCGCCCGGUGUUUUGCAGGGGGACAAGCACUGUGCCCAGAUGAAGGCCUGGCUGCAGGAGGAGAAGCGCUACAAUGAGGUGCUGCGCCAGGAAAUAGGGCAGCUUGAAGAGGCAGUGGAGCAGGAAGAGAUUCGUCCCUGCCUGGGGUGCUGUAUGUUUGCAAGGGGACCUCCCGCGCGGCCAUGGAGGUCCGUAACUCGUCCAACCAAGCCCUGUUGCCUGCAGCCAGCAGCAGAGGAAGAAGGAGGCAGAGGCGCCGGAGACUGUGCUGCCGGAGGUGGUGGAAGCACAGCUGGAGAGGGACCUGCUGGCGAGGAGACGCGGCUUCAUGUAUUGGCUGCAGUGAGUGUCCCCUCUGGGUCCCCGGGGGCCCGUUCCCAGGCAGCGGGUGCGAUGGGCCGGACACCUGCUCCAGCCGCCGCGGCUCACAAGUCCAGGCUGCUGGGGAGCUGCUGGCCGGCUGUGGGCUUUGCCGCUGGCAAGUGCUCAGCGUCGGUUUUCCCUGGGCCGGGGCGUUCUCCCGGGCUUGCCGAGUCUCCUGUCCCACCCUGCCCGAGGCAGCAACGCAAAAUGGCUGGGGAGGCAGCCCCCGGGGCUCCCAGGACAGCCCCCUCCAUCCCAUAGGCAAGAUGGGCUUGGCAUGCAUCCACCCUGCCCUGUCUCCCAUCCCUCUUCUGCCCCGCAGGAUACUCUGCCUGCUCCUGGUCGGCCUGCAGCUGGCCGUCGGCUUUGCUCUGGCUGCUGCGGUGCUCUACGCCUCCUCCUACGACCCCGAGCUCUUCUACCGCCUGCUGCCGCGUGUGCUGUGUGAGGAGACCUACACCGACCUGGCCUACGCCCUGGGAAAGAUCCUCCCCGUGGCCAGUGAGGGGCUGCUGCCCUUUUGACAGCCCCCGCCAAUAAAGCCUUUUCUGUCUCCACCUCCAUGGGCUCAGGUGUG